UGUUUCUACCUUUCGGCUGUUGUGAGUAGUGUUGCUAUGAACAUCCAUGUGCAGGUUUUUGUUUGAACACUUGUUUUAAAUUUUGGGGUCUUAGGGAGGCCCGGGUGGCUCAGCGGUUUGGCGCCUGCCUUCAGCCCAGGGAGUGAUCCUGGAGACCCAGGAUCGAGUCCCCCGUUGGGCUCCCUGCAUGGAGCCUGCUUCUCCCUCUGCCUGUGUCUCUGCCUCUCUCUGUGUGUCUCUCAUGAAUAAAUAAAUAAAAUCUUUGAAAAAACAUAAAAAAUAAAAAAAUAAAUUUGGGGGUCUGUACCUAAGAGCAGAACUCCUGAGUAACACAGCAAUGCUAUAUAUAACCCACCAAGGAAUCACCAGACUGUUUGCCAGAGCAGCUGCACUAUUUUACAUUCUCGCCAGCCAUGUAUAGAGGGUUCCAGCUUCUCCACAUCCCACCAACACUUGUUAUUGUCUGUAUGCAUGCGUGUGUGCGUUUAAAUUGCCAUCCUAGUGGGCAUGAAGUGGUAUCUCACUGUGGUUUUGAUUAGGGUUUCCCUCAUGACUAAUCAUGUUGAACAUCGUUUCAAGUGCUUGUUAGCCACUUAGAGGGCUUCUUUGGAGAAAUAUCUAUUCAAGGACUCGAUUCUCUUCUGUGUUAGUGUGUAUGUUGCCAAAAUCCUGCAUGGGAGUGAGAGUAGUUAUUUUUAUAGGGCUUGGUUUGUAUACGAUGUUCCUUUUCAAACCUUCAUUCUGUUGUUUUGGGGGUUUUUCCCCUGCUUUCUUUUUCAAGCUUCUGCUGCUCCUCCUAGGAGACUAAUUGUCUGACUAGUGCUUUGAAAUAUUUAAUAUUCUUCCUAUGUUAGUUAUUGUUCCAAAGGCCUGGGUUGUUCCUUUGUUCAUUCAGCAAUAUUUGUAGACUGGCCACCUGCAUUGCACUUUUGCACUGAGCCAGUCAUUGGGAAUACAAACAUACCAGUCCGUAUAUGCUUCUCUUUUUGAUGUCUGCAGAUACCUUUUUUUUUUUUUUAAUUAACAGAUUAGUGGAGCCUGGCAUAAGGAAAAAGAGCAGCCCUCAGCUGGGAGGUGAGGGAGGCUGCCCCAUGUUUCAUCGGGUUCACCACUUCGUGUUUCUAGAACCUGGUUUCCUGGUCUGUGAAAGUUGGAGUAGGACUAAAUGACUUCUCAGGCCACUCAGACCUUGAAACUGAGGAUUACAAAUUAAGGAUUCACACCAGCUUUCUUUUACACACCUAAAUCUGAUGAAAGUCCUUACCGAUGGUGUUGCCAGGAGGUGUCUAGGAAGAGUCUGGGGAGAAGAAGGCAGCCUCUCUAUAUACAUCCACAGAAGGAGGGCUCCCAAAGGCCUUGGGAGAUGGGGCUAAAGAUCCAGUACAGUGGGUUGACCAGCAGGAUGUCUUGUGUGAGCUUUGCUCCCCCUGACUUGGAUCUAAAUCUGUUCAACAUGAGACGCAGUGGCUACUUGAGAAUGGCACCCUGGCCCCUUCCCCACCUCCUGUGACCGGGCCAGCGGCCGGGGCAUCUGUGGGGAUGCCUGUAAACCGCCAGCAGUCGGACUCUUCGGACAUGGACUCGGAUGUGUCCCCCAGCUGCGGACUCAGCGACCUGAGCAGAGGGGACAGCCUGGGGAGUCGAAGCAGCAGCUCCCGCUCUAGGAGUUUGACUUUGGAUGAUGAGAGCCUGAAGUACCUGACACAUGAGGAAAAGGAUGUCAUCCUGUUUUUUGAAGAGACCAUUGAUUCCCUGGAAGAUGACUUUGAGGAGCAAGUCAAGUGUGACAGCGGCCUACACUGCCACUCUCCGGGGACCCUGGAGGAGAGCGCUUCUGGAACCUCAGAGCCAGGAGAUGUCAUCGAUUUGGUGCAGCCAGCACUCCCCAAGGCCGAGGAACCUGAGUGCCUCCCAGCUGCGACCGAGACAGCAGGGGCUGGUCCUGUCACGAAGGAAGACACCCCCGAUGUCAUCGUGGAAUGCAGGAAACCAGAAGCGGGGGGUCCUCCCUCACCAGGCUCUGUGGCCCCAGAGGCCCCUCCUGUGCCACCCACCCGGCCUGUGGCCACCGCCACGACAUCCCCCAGGAAGGAGCUGCUGGCCCCUCCCGCAGAGCACCCCAAACUGCCCCGCUCCGUCCCCACCCCGCUGGUGAUCGCUCAGAAAAUGUCCGAGAAGCUGGCGGGAAGUGAGGCACUUGCACCCCCAUCCCCCUCCAAGGAGAGCAAGCCUGGGGACUGGAGGACACUGCCUUCAGGGGCCCCUCGGAACGGGGACCCCUGCCUGUGGCCCAGACCCGCGGCGCAGCCUGCACCCAAGAUCCACCGCUUCCCGAGCAACAUCAGCGUGACCAACAGUGCGGGCAAGGAGUUCAACAAGACCAUCUCCAAAGCGGCCGUCAACGUGCAGGAGCGGAAGGCCCGGGUCCUGGCCAACAUCAACGGUGUCUCCUUCCUGUCACCUGGGGCCGCGGGGGCAGAGCCCGCCGAGCCGGGGAGGAGCAGCUCUCUGGAGCCGGGGCCACGGGGCCUGAGCAAGCCGGUGGGCCCGGCCCAGGAGGCCGUGUCCACGCGGGCGGGCUUGCAGCCGGGCGCUCAGCAGUCCAGAGGUGUGCAGACGGAGCACUGCUUGCCCCUGGCCAACGGCUUCCAGAGCAUUCACGACGUGCUCAGGAGUGAGCCCAGCACCUUGGUCUCGACCGGGAAGACUGUCACCUUCCGUGCAGACCCGGCGCUUGCCACCAAACUGGCACGCCAGGAUGCCAGCAAGAGCUUCUACGAGCCCCAGCAGCCGGGCUGCAGCCAGGAUGCUCGGAAGCGCUCGGGCUCGCUGCCCCGUGCCGUGGGCUUCAGGCCCCAGGGCAUCACCGUCCAGUUCUCCGGCCGUGGCUCCACGGAGGAGGCCCGCCGCGAGGCCCUGCGGAAGCUCGGCCUUCUGAAGGAGAACUUGUGACGGGGGUGGCGGGGGUGGCCUCGAAUGGAUGUGCCCGCGGGAGGAGCCCAGGCUGUGGACCCUGCGGAGGACGACAGAUGACAGAUGACAGGUGCCGAGACUCCGCGGUCCGGGCCGCCCGCCGCCUGCCACCUCUGAGCUCAGUGAGCCUGCCAGGACAGUCUGGCCCCACAUCCUGUCUCCCUUUUUCCAGGAGCUCAGAGACUAACCCCCAAAACCCUAAAUGCCAUUCCAUACCUUUUCUUGGAUUUAGAAGGAGGGGGAUUGGGUCUGAUUUGUUACUGCUUCAGUCGCUCAUCUUAGACUUUUAUCCCAAGGACGUGACACCCAAGCCAGGUUGGAGGUCUUACACGCAGUCAUCGAUGAAAGGGAUCUUUCUCUUCCUUUCCUGCGAAAAUAAAAUAGAAAAUGCCCGUUCAAUUUCCGUAACAUCUCAAAGCAUCUCCUCCGGUUUUCCUGUUUGUUUUUCAGGGGCCAACGAUGGUGUGUUUAGCCCUGGAUGUGCCCUUGUUUCUGGAUAUAAUUUGGUUUGCCCAUUGGUGGUUGUGGUUGUUUUAAUUGAAAACUGAAAUGAAACCUUCAGGGUAUGAUUUACUGUAAUUUUGAGUUACGGGAGCGGAAUGGAAAGGUUGGAUUUGGAAAAGGUGGUAAUUUUCAGAAAGCAAGUCUCGUCAGCCUCCAGGGGGCUUUUGUCACUGGGACAUACGUGGGUGAGCGUGCACUGUGUGUAUACAUGUACAUAACGUGUUUAUAGAAACGUGUGCUCACACGUACAUACGUUUGUUAGUCCACAUACACAGACUUCUCACGACCCUAUCAAGUCACUACAGGAUGGAAGCCCUUCCUCUCUCGACAGGUGCAGCCGUCCCCGCUGUGACGGUGGCACAGAGAUCCGUACCUCUCAGGGCACGUCUCCACAAUCAAAAGUGCUUCUUGCUCACCCCCGUGUCGCUCUGUACCCAAGGAAAGUGAUAUUCCAAGUAGGCUUCCAGAAAAGCAAGGUAGCUCCACGUUUUUAAGGAUUUAUCACCCCAUCGUAACCUGAUUUCAGUUUAUCGCCCCGUCUUUGCCGUGCGUGCGCCAGGGUAGCUAGCAAACGGAGGGAAACAGAAACCGUUCCUGAGAUCCCUCACGUUCUGUGAGCAGGAUCUCUCAGGAUUAGUUGUAAAGGGAAAAAGCACCCCAGCAAACUAGGUUACAUGGUAUGAAAAGAACUGGUCCUCUCCCAGGCUGUGGGUUACAUGCUGACUUGUAGCCACGAGCCUUAUUAAAACUAUUUAAGGCUGGAGUCUUAAGCCUCUAAAAAUAGACUGGGAAGGGCCACAGUUACAGUCACGCCCUUUUGUUAUUAUGUCUCAGCCAGUGUCACAGAAUCGGUUUCCUCCUGUUGAGUAUUAUUUAAAUUAAAACUUUUAAAUGUGCUGCAAAGCACCUUUUUCAUAGUAUUCAGUUCGCCUUGUAAGUUACAUAAAAUGAUUGUCAUUUUUUUCCCCUUAGAACUACAGUAUUUAGUGUCUCUGAGUCCUCCUGAAGUAAUCCUGUAGGUUCCCGAUGGUCUUAAUUUAAAUAGGUGCUUUGAUUUUACAGGUUUUUAAAAUAGUUUUUAUUGUACUCCUAUUUAUGUUGCAUUUGUUUGAAGAGUUCUUGAGGGCUGUAUUACCUUUCCACAGAGUGAGAUGCCGUACACAGUGUUUCAGAAUAGAGGGUCUUGAUGUGGCUGACGUUUUAAAUAUCCUUUACGUAUGAGAAUUAUGUCUUUUAUGCUGUCCUAUGACUUUGUUGUGAUUAAGGUGAACGAGACACUAUAUUAGUAUAUUUGUUCUCAUAAUGACGUUUUUGAAAAAUAAAUUUUAGAGAUUUAUCUUAAGUUGCAAA